AUGGCGGAUACUCCAGCCCUAGAAAACCUCAACGACAGCGAGGCAGAGGUUGUUUCUAGGCAUCUGCAUCCCCGAUUUACCGGGGCUUAUGAUGGGAUUAUUGAAGAUGAUGAGGACGUGCGGGGGAAGGGAGCUGCAGAUCACGAUGGGAACCAACGAUCCGCAUUCAUAGGACCUAGCCAACAGUCCUCUCUCAAAUUGCAAGGAGGCGAUACACAUCGCGACCUCUAUCGUAUCGAAGCUCGCUCGAAACGGGGCGGAUUGGAUCAGCGCGCAGCAACAUUCUCGCACCCUCCCAGGCCAGAAACGGAUGAUAAUCUCGAUAUCACGAUACGCAAUGAGCCAGGAGCGUUUCGCCGGCAGUUCUUAUGGCGAAACAAGCGUGGCUUCACCAACAAAUCUGUACCGAAUAGCUUCGUGGAGUUCUUAGACUUAUAUGGCAGAUUCGCCGGUGAAGACCUAGUCGAGUCGGAAGACGAGGCAGAUGCUGAAAGUGUUGGAACACCGUUUGAUGAAGUGGAGCCGGAAAGAAGACCAUUGCUUGCCAGUCGUGAAAGUUCCCAAGGGGAUGCGUCAGACAUGAAAACUUUCUUCACACUCCUCAAGGCCUUCAUAGGAACCGGCAUCAUUUUCCUCCCGAAGGCGUUCCGCAACGGUGGCAUACUCUUUUCACCUAUUGCUCUCGUCACAGUCUCGAUAAUAACAACCAUCUCUUUUCAUUUGCUGCUUCAAUGUCGACGACAGCAUGGCGGUGGCUACGGCGAUAUUGGAGAAUCUAUUUCCGGCUCGCAUCUUCGCUCCCUUAUUCUCGUUUCAAUUACAAUUACGCAGCUUGGUUUUGUGUGUGCCGCCAUUGCUUUUACUGCGCAGAACCUGCGUUCAUUUGUGGAGGGGGUGGCAGCUUCUACGAUUAGCACACCGUCCAUUUCCACAAUUAUUGCUCUGCAGUUAGUGAUUCUCGUGCCUCUUGCCUUUAUUCGCAAAAUAUCCCGACUCGGAUUAGUGGCAUUACUUGCAGAUGUCUUCAUUUUCAUCGCCGUGGGCUACAUAUACUACUACAAUAUUUCGGAAAUUUCCCGCCACGGCUUAGAGCCCACAGUCAAGCUUUUCGACACCAAGACAUUUACCCUAACGAUCGGAUCAUCCAUAUUCAUGUUCGAGGGGAUAGGCCUCAUUCUCCCCAUACAAUCUUCGAUGUCGCAACCAGACCAUUUCGAUCGCAUCCUCUACAUUGUCAUGGCCCUUAUUACUUUCCUUUUCGCUACCGUUGGGAUUCUCUCAUACGGGGCAUUUGGCAGCCACACAAAGAUCAAUAUCAUCAGCAAUUUCCCACAGUCGGAUAAGUUCGUCAAUUUUAUUCGGUUAUUCUUCUCGCUAGCUGUUCUUGUGGGCACCCCGGUGCAGCUAUUUCCUGCGUUGCGGAUCAUGGAGGGAAGGUUAUUCUACCGCAAAUCUGGUCAUCGAGACCUCCUCAUGAAGUGGAAAAAGAAUAUUUUCAGGACAGGCAUUGUCGUUCUCUGUUGCUUGAUUGCAGCCCUAGGCGCCAGGGACUUGGAUAACUAG